CACACACACACACACACAACCCCUCUCUCUCCCUGGCUUAAGCUAUAUAUGAUCCCCUCAUGCCCCAGCCCUUUCUACAACACAAACACAUACACACACAAUGCACCUUCACCUUUCCACCCCAUAAAGCCUCCCUUGGCACCCCUAUCCCACUAAGGAGCAAAAAGAGAACCAAACCAAGGCAGCUGCUGCAGAGGCAGUAGUAGUAGUAGUAGAAGUAGCUGCUGUGAUCUAGCCUCUUGUGGUGGUAGCUCUAGCUCUAGAAGUGGUAUUGUGGUGAUAAGCUUAAGCUUAAGCUUAUUAGUGAUCCUCUCCCUUAAAAAGAAGAAAAGCUCCUUGCAGUUAUGGCACUGGUCAAGAGCCACCACCAAAUGUUGGCCUCUUCUUCCACCUCGUCCUCCUCACCCUCCUCCCAGCAGCAGCAGCCUCCACCGCCGGCGUCGAACUCCUCCAGCCUCGCCGCCGCCGCCGCCGACCAGCCCUCCCCCGCCAAGCGCAAGAGGCGCCCUCCCGGCACGCCAGACCCAGAUGCGGAGGUGGUGGCGCUGUCGCCGAGGACGCUGCUGGAGUCGGACAGGUACGUGUGCGAGAUCUGCGGGCAGGGGUUCCAGCGGGAGCAGAACCUGCAGAUGCACCGGCGCCGGCACAAGGUGCCGUGGCGGCUGGUCAAGCGCCCCGCGGCGGCGACGGCGGCGGAGGACGGCGGCGCCGCGGGUGGCGGCGGCGGCGCCGGCGGCGGCGCGGGCGGCGGAGGGGCGCGGAAGCGCGUGUUCGUGUGCCCGGAGCCGAGCUGCCUCCACCACGACCCGGCACACGCGCUGGGCGACCUCGUCGGCAUCAAGAAGCACUUCCGGCGCAAGCACGGCGGCCGGCGGCAGUGGGUGUGUGCCCGCUGCGCCAAGGGCUACGCCGUCCAGUCCGACUACAAGGCCCACCUCAAGACCUGCGGCACCCGCGGCCACUCCUGCGACUGCGGCCGCGUCUUCUCCCGAGUGGAGAGCUUCAUAGAGCACCAGGAUGCGUGUAACUCUGGACGUGUGCGCGGUGAGGUCGUGCCCGUGGCCACGACGCUGCCGGUCAUCCGUCCCGCGGCGCUGCGGCAUCAUCACCAUCAUCCGCCGCCGCCGCCGCCUGAGCUGCAGCUCCUCCCGGCGUCCACCACGGCGCCGUUGGCCGCCGCGUUCUCGUCCAACUCCACGACCACCGGCUCCUCCUCCCACGAGCAACACGCGACGACGAUGACAACGACGAAGCUGCAGCUCUCAAUCGGCCCCGCCGCCGUCGUCGCCGCGGCGUCCGGCGGCGGCGGCGCCUGCGCCGCGGCGGCAGGAGGGGAGGAGGAGCAGCAGCGGGAAGAGGUGAGGCGCGCGCUGGAGGAGAAGACCGCGGCGGACGCGGCGCGGGAGCGGGCGCGCGAGGAGGCCGCGGCGGCGGAGCGCGCGCUGGAGGACGCCCGCCGCGCGCGCCACCGGGCGCGCGGGGAGCUCGAGAAGGCGCUCGCGCUGCGGGACCACGCGGCGCGCCUGAUCGCGCAGGUGACCUGCCACGCGUGCCGGCAGCGCUCGCUCGCCGUGAUGUCCAUGGCCGCCAUCGACGGCCACGGCGCGUCGGCGGUGGCGCGCGAGCACCUGAGGGGCGGCGGCGUCGGCGCCGGCAUCUAGCUGAUAUGUACAUGCAUGCACAUGUACAACUUGUACGUUCACGUGUGUACGUGCACGCGUAUGUAUGUAAAGCAAGGGGGGUUGGGUGACGACGGUGUAAUUCAUCUUUUUUUUUAGCCGCAAAUUGAUGAAGUGUACGUAGUUUCGUAGGUCGUUUCGAGCUUCGGUCGAUCGAUGUCAUUGUUGGGAAAAUUAUCAAAGGUGGUAUUUGCAACUUUUGCAUGAAUGCACCCUGGCACCAUUAUACUC